AUGGCCUUUCAGCAGCCCGCACGGCAGCCCGCCCAGAGGGUGACCCGCCCGUCUGUCGCUGCAGAGUCAAGCCAACAGCCGCUCGCAGCUCUUCAGGAGAGAGAGCCCGACCAGUCACAGACAUCAUGGGUACUCUUUUCCCCUCCGACCGACAUCACCACUGCCUCCUACCUGAGCGAAUCUGAACGCUCCGUCGAAACGCCUGGCCGCUCGCGCGUCAGCCUCCACACGGCCGCCAGGUCCUCUCAGACUGACGACUUCCGCUUAUCGCUCGCCUCCUCCGCCGUCGACGACAUCUCGGUCGACGAUGACGCGGAGCUCGACAGCCUCGACAGCCACCUGCCCGAGUUCCGCUCCCAGCCCGGCGAUCACGUCGCCUCUCACAGAAACAGUGUGCACGGCGCCGUGCCCGUCUUUCCCGCCCACGACGGCUUAGGUUCCUUCCGCCUCGACAGACCCGCGCUGGGCCGUGACGCUCAGGAGCAAAUCUACCAGUUUGAGCGCUUCAAUCCCAAGAGAUUACGGGUUGACCAUGAAGAUGCCUUUAUGGAGACAGAUGCCGCUGUCGAUGCCCAAGAGGCGGCCAAGCGUGAACGGAUCGAGGCCUGGCGCUUGGAACACAGCCGCGUGCUCCUCGACGAAGUGCAGCGUGAGACUAGACGUCGCCGCAAGUCGUUCGUUGCCAAGCAUCGCCGCCAAAAGUCUCAGUCUUCCGACGAUAACAUGACCUGGCAUGAUGAUGAUGAUGUCACCGCCACCGAGGCGGCCAGCGAAGACCGGGGCUUCCUCGCCCGAAUCACCCGCACCGUGGUCAAAGACAUUUUCGGCAUCGACGAGAGGCUGCUGGACAUUCUUCUCGGUGAAGCCGUCGUCGACGAUGAUGAUCUAUCCAACACGCCGCGUGCAUCGCAGCUCAACACGGCGCAACCACCAACGUCGCUAGACGAAGAGUCGUGGCAGCUACGUAUUCUCGAGUCGGUCUCGCGCGAGCUAGGCCGGCUCGUCAACCACCUCUCGCCGCACCACCCCGGCGCCUUUUCUACCUACACUCGCAUGCAGCAGAUACCUCUCCCCUAUGCCGGCCUGCCCGCUAUUCCCGAGGCCGCCGACCAAGCCAGCCUCGAUCUUGCCGCCAGUACGCCACCCUCUGCACCUGAGUUCAAGCCCACGAUCAACCGCCACAACACGCAGCCAAUUCCAAUCCCUAUUCCUGGCAAGGCCGCCAGCGACGAGGCCGAGGUAAACGGCGCGUUUUCCAAGGACGAGUGGGAGCGGGAUUUGGAUAUCAAGCUCGUCUUUCGCUACCUCAUCUCGCGCUUCACUUCGCGCAACAACUCUUCGUCAUCGUCAUCGUCCAGCAGCGCACCGGCGCACCUGGCGACGACCAGCAUGCAGGACGCCGCGGCCCGCGUGGCCCGCGUCCGCCAGCACCACCCACUGAUUGCGCGCGCGCGGCCAAUGGAGCGGCGCUCGUUUCGGGCCGUCGUCACCCCGAGCAGUCCCAUUGCGGCGAGGCCGCGCAGCAGCUGCGCCAGCCAGAGCACACGACGGUCGACGCGCCGAAGCAGCACGUCGUCUCGGCAUUACUGGGAUAUCGGCGGCUCUCUCGGCACAGGCUCCAUGGUCGGGCCGCAAGGUCCGACAGGGAGCUGGGGAGAGGUGUGA